GCGAUUAAUGUAAAUUUUGUAUUUUGUGUGCAAAAAGUGCGUAAAAAAGGUCGGAAAAGUUUAAUUUGAAAAAGAAAAGGAAAAGCUUCUCGAAAGGGGUGGAAAAGUGUGUGCCAUUGGAGGAUGGUGGGUGUAGGUAGAUGGUGGAAAAAUGUAAUUUCCUGGGAAAGUGGAAGAGUUUGAAAAGUUGGGGUACUUUGGGAUUUAUUUUUAUCAAUAGCGCAAGAUCCACGAUGGAUGAAUCGCGUGAGAUGAGUGAGCCACCGGAAGCUGCUGCUGCUGCUGCUGCGGGGUGUCCCAGUGGGGGGAAGACACAGCAGCAACGGACGGAACGAUUGCGACAGAUCACGGAGCUUCUCAAGGAAUCCACACCGGUGAUCCCCAUUGCUCCUGUGCCGCCUCCGAGGAAGAUUAAGAGCAAAUCCCUGAGUCAGAGGAAGAGUAGCGAAGUGUCCGAUGAUUCGAUAAAGUCUGAAGUGGGUGAGGAUGUGGUGGCACUUCCGGCAGAGCCACCAGCUGAAUCACCAGCAGUAGAGGAAGUAUCAGUAGCAGAACAACCACCAACAGAAGAGCAACCACCAAUUGUAGAACAACCAGCAGAAGAGCCACCAAUUGUGCCAUUAGCUGACCUCCCAGCAAGCAGUGAGAACGCAGAGAUAACCCAAAAUGUGCCAGAAGAAAUUCCCGUCCAGCCCCAGCGUGAGGAGCGUCUCACAUUCACGUCCACAACGCACCUGAACAUUUCCGAGCCAGAAGAAUUCGCCCCACAGCUGCAGGAGUACAAUGAAACACUCCCUGUGUGUGUCAUUGAGUGCAUCUCCCAGGGAGAAGCCCAUAAGGACAAUCCACUGCAUGAAUGUCCCGAUGAGAAGCCAAUAAAUGUGCCAGAACCACCAAAAGUGCCCAAUUUUCCACCCUCAAAUGCCCAGGAAGUGCGCAAGAGGCAUGCAGACUUUGACAGGAGUGUCUCCUUCUCCUCAGCUGAUGCCCUCCUGUCCAGUGUAACACGCAAAGCCACCGAUAAAUCCCGCCGACGCAAAGGGAUCUACAUUCAGUGGCCAAUCCGGGAGAGACUCGACACAGUGGAGGUACUCGCCAGUGAGGAGAAGAAUAGCAGCUGUGAAACUCUUGCAAGUCAGCGAACACCUGAAUUCUCCUUCGAUGACCCCGUUUGGUCGGAAGGCUAUGAAAAUUUCCCCGAAGAGAUGGUAAAUUCCGGGAAAUCCCCCAAAGGACCACUCCCGAGCAAUGGGAGAUCUUUCUCAAAGCGACCCCUGAGAUCCAUCCGUGGCCCCUAUGGGCAAAUGCUGGAGGCAGAGCUCAAGAAACCCGUCAAAGUCUACCACGAUCACCUAGCGCUGAGUCUCAACAAUGUGAACUUCACCUCCGAGGAUGCACCAGAUGGGAGUGAGAGGAAAUUAAAUACUCAUCCAAGUGAAAAGUCAAUAAACUUCCUGAAUAACAGUAAAUCCUGCGAUUGCCGCACAAUACUCACGAAGAACACAUCAAUGGAUAGCCUCUGUUCGUCCUACACCAAGGACUACCCACCCCAGAGGAAUAGCAAUGAUGCCACAAGUGCCAUAAACAAGGGGCUCCUCAUGGAUUUCCUGCAUCAGUCAUCGUCGUGCGAUCAGAGUUCCACGGAGCAGCUGCAUUCGGCCGAUGUGAUAGCCACCCUGUCACCGCAUGCGUCCCUUCUGCAGCACAUGGACACACGAACGCACAUUGUCAUCGAAUUGUACAACACGGAACAAUCCUACGUGGAGUCCUUGCAGACCAUUGUGCAGAAAUACAUGAAUCCCCUGAAGAGUAGUGACUGUGAAGUGUCCAUUGACGCGCAAAUUGUCGAUGAUAUCUUCUACAUGGUGCCAUCAAUUCUCAGCAUUCAUGAGGGCUUUCUGGAUGAGCUGAAGAAGCGCCUCGACUGCUGGAAUUCCAAUCAAAUCAUCGGGGAUGUUUUCAAUAAUGUUUUUUCCUGUGGAGCAGUUUUGGAGAUUUAUUCGAAUUUCGUCAAUAAUCUGAGCAAAGCAAGGGAUUCCAUACGGAGUUGCUGCUCAACGCAAGCUUCCUUUGCGCGCUUCCUUGAGGUUCAAGCCAAGGAGCACAAAGGAAAAUUACCAUUAGAUAAUCUUCUCAUUAAACCAAUUCAGAAAUUCCCAAACUACGAAUUAAUUCUUUCACGCCUCAUUAAACACACUGAUAGUGAGCAUCCUGACCAGGCUCUCCUCCUGGAGGCCAACAAGACUGUCCACAGAAUUCUGCUUCACAUAAACUGCAAGGAACGCGAAGCACUGCAAAGUGGGCAACGUGAGGCAGUUCUGAGGGAGAUUGAGAGUGCCAUUGAGGGGGUGUCGAAUCUCGUCACAACCGACCGAUCCUUCAUUGCCUUUGACCUCGUUACAAUCUUCUCGGGCCAGUCGGCACGGAAGGAACGUGGGCUGUUCCUCUUCAGUGAUUUGAUCAUCCUAACGAGUAUUAAACGACGAAGCGGCACAGUUCGCAAACCAAAUAUAAUUAACUACAACAUUGCCGCCAACGUCGAGACGAACAAAUAUAAAUUUCUCACGAAAAUACCGAUAAGUGAUUUGGAGUUUGUCAAGACCAAAGAUGACAAUAGUCGUAAGAGUAUUAAGGAGAUUGAGUAUUUGAUGGAGGAUUCGAAGAAGAUUCAGCAAAUUCUUGCUGCAGUAAUCACCCUCCGAUGCCCACAUCAGCAUCUCGAGGAGGCAGCGCGUGAGCUGGAGAAGGAUCUCGAGAAGCAAUUGAGUGAGAAGCAGCUCAAUGAUGGUCAAUUGAGUGUGUUGGAGUUUACAGUUGGGGGGAAUUCGAGUGGAUCCGAAGGUGGGCAGCACAUGUCCAUACAAUUUGUAAAUCCUGAACGGAGAAGUGUGUGGGAACAGGCUUUCCGGGAGGCAAAGCAAAAGUUUGCAUCGAAUUUAGAGACGAUCCCCAUGCCUGAGUUUAUCUCAUCAAUUCCCAUCCGGAAGACGCGUGCUGGACUUCAGUUUACAUGCGCCGCCUCUACGUUGGGGGCUCAAAAUGAUGUGUGGGUGUGCAAUAGCGAUGGCUACGUGGGGCAAGUUUGUGUCCUCAGCCUAAAUGCCGAACCGACGGUCACGAGUUGCAAUGGUGUGUGCAAUGCGCGUAUUUUGUGUGUGACUUCGGUACCAUCGGAAAUUGAGUGGCAGCCCGCAGAUAAAGGAAGUGCCAACGUGACUAAUCAGCUGAAAAGUACGCCGUCAUUCGAGGAGAACACCGAGAAUUGCACAAAAUCCAUCAAAGUUCAAUCCCUCUCGGCAAUCUUCAAUAACAUCCACCUCGAUUCCAGCAGCUCGAGUGACAAUGAGUCCGAAAAGGAUUUUUCAGCUGACACCAAAUGCAACCUCCACGGUCAUCCCAACAAGUCUGACCUACAUCCGCUGCAGCCCUUCGACUGCGGCGACUUCAGUCAGUCAACAAUGUGGUUGGGCACAGAGGAUGGGUGCAUUCAUGUCUACAAUUGCUCCGAUAACAUUCGAAUAAAGCGCAACAAGAUUAAGAUGCAGCACAAUAGUGCAGUCUAUCACAUUCUCUACAUGAACAAUAAGGUCUACGUGGCUCUAGCCAAUGGGGAUCUCAUUAUCUACACGAGAGAGAAUCUCGGAACUGGAUGGAAUACAUCAGACCCAACAACACUGACAAUUGGCUCAGCUUCUAAUCCCAUCACGAAGCUCCUAAAUGUAGAUGGAAAAUUAUGGUGCUCAAUACAGGGAGUUAUUAAAAUCUUCAAUGUUUCAACACAUCAGGUGGAGAACGAGGUGCAAAUAUCGAGUGAAUCAAAACCAAUAACGAACAUGGUGGCAUCCCAACAUGGCGUGUGGAUGUCCAUACAGAACUCCUCCGUGCUAAAGUGUUUCCAUUCCAAGACCUACGAGAUCGUGGUGGAGGUGAACGUGAGUGGUCCCGUGAGUAAGAUGCUGUCAAAUUGCGAUGACAUCAUUCGGCAGCACAAGGCGGCGUGUUUGCGGAUCACGGCACUCCUCGCGUGUCGCGAUCUCAUCUGCAUUGGCACGAGUGCUGGUGUCCUGUUAGUCAUCCAGAGCAGUGGCGCCACAGCUGGGAGGCAUCUGGUCAACAGUACAGCCAUGCCAAUGCCGCACGGGCACACGGGGCACGUUCGCUUCCUGACGUGCGUGGAAACAACGGAAGGGAGUCGAUCGAAUUCGAAUUCCAGAAAGGGAUCACAGACGAAGCACAAGAAGGAAUCUUCAAUUCUCCUCAUUUCUGGCGGUGAUGGAUGCGAAGAUUUCCGCAAUUCAAAUAUAAAUUCAAUGAAUGAUAUUGCCGGAAGGGAAGAUAGUACAAAUCAUUUGUUACUUUGGAAAGUUUAAUAAGACGAGACGACGAACAGAGAGAGAUUUUAGUCUCAUUGAUGAAAUUUUUUGAAGAGAUUUUAUUAUUAUACGAUGAAAAAAUGAGAGAUUUUAACCAGAAACGUUUAUAGGAAGUGAAUCAAUUACUUAAUUUAUAUACAAAAAAACAAGAAGAAAUAAUUGCGUCAAUCUUUGGGAUAAAUUGCGUGUUUUUAGCCAAAAUGGAGACACAGAAAAAACUACAAGAAUAACAUGAACAUGGAUCUUUGUGUGAUAAAAAAAACAAGUAAAACUGUAUUACUAUUUAAAUUA